GGGUGUUUUACAAUUUGUUUUGUGUUUGUGUUAUUGUUUUUCUUUGUUUUACAUUCCGAUGCUGCACUCAAGAUUUUUUGGAAACAAUAUAUAAAUGAGUGUCAACUUGAACAGUGAUUCAUAGAACAAAACACUUGAGCAGUUCAAUAGUCAAUCUUCAAUUUAAUUCUAUAAUACAAAAUGGCCGACGUAAGCGAUCAAGAAUGGGAAGAUUUCAAGAAACAAUUCAACAAAAACUAUGCGGAUGAGGCCGAGGAUAAAAUGCGCCGUGAAAUUUUUUCCAAAAGCAAAGUGAGAAUUGAGGACCAUAAUAAGAAAUUUGAAAAAGGAGAAGUCUCCUACUCCAUGGGAAUCAAUCAUAUGGCUGACUGUACCGAAGAAGAGAUGGCUCGUCGUUGUGGGAAACGGGUUAUGCCACCAACCGCCGUUUAAAGUCUGCUAGGAAAAACGUAAUUAGAAUUUUAAUACAAUUAAAUGUUUUAUUGUUUUUUAGAGUUUUUUUAUUGUAUUGGAUUUUAAAAUAAGAUACCUAUGUAUGUUUAAAUAUGUGUCCCUUAUGUA